UUCUCAACCAGAUAUAACUUCCCCAUCUUCAAUAUAUCUUUCUCUCGAUCUAAUAAACAACAAAAUGGCUAAAAAUUACCCUUUUUUCACCUAUUUCAUACUACUAAUAACUAUAACCCGUUUAACAUCCACCACCGUAGGAAAAACCGAUCAGUGCAAAACUCUACUACCACCAGAGCUAGCCAAUAUUAACACCAUAUCAACCAAACUCCAUAAUGACCCUAAAACCAUCAAAAUUGCUUCUAGUGACUAUGGCAACAUCAUUCAUGAAUUCCCAAUAGCAGUUUUUCAUCCAUCUUCUAUACAAGACAUAAUAACCUUAAUUAAAAUCUCAUACAAUAGUUAUGUUCCUUUCACUAUAGCAGCCAGAGGACAAGGUCACUCCACUAAUGGACAAGCCAUGACUCAUGAUGGAAUUGUAGUUGACAUGGCUAGCUUCAGAAAACAAAGAAAAGGGGUUGCAAUUAGUGUCUUUGAAGACCCUUUGAUUGGUUACUAUGUUGAUGUUGGAGGAGAACAACUAUGGAUUGAUGUUUUGUAUGCAACACUUGAACAUGGACUUGCACCUGUUUCUUGGACUGACUAUCUUUACCUCACGGUUGGAGGAACACUUUCCAAUGCUGGAAUUAGUGGCCAGACGUUUCUUUACGGACCUCAAAUCACCAACGUUCAUGAAUUCGAUGUGAUUACUGGAAAAGGAGAUUUUGUAACAUGCUCUUCUGAGAAGAAUUCAGAGUUAUAUCACGCGGUUCUUGGAGGUUUAGGACAAUUUGGAGUUAUAACAAGGGCAAGAAUUUCUCUUAAGCCAGCUCCCACAACGGUUAAGUGGAUCAGAUUGCUUUACAGUGACUUUUCUGCUUUUACCAAAGAUCAGGAACGGUUAAUCUCAAUCAAUGGAAGGAAAUUGAACUUUUUGGAAGGGAUGCUGCUAAUGCAACAAGGCUCCAUAAAUAAUUGGAGAUCCUCUAAUUUCUUCCCUCUAUCUGAUCAACAUAGAAUAGCUUCUUUAAUAACCAAACACAGCAUUAUCUACUGCCUUGAAUUUGCUAAAUACUAUGAUCAUCAAUCCGAGAAAAUGGUGGACAAGGAAAUUGAAAUUUUGCUUCAAGGACUAGCCUAUAUCCCUGGACUUCAUUAUGAGAAAAAGGUCUCAUAUGUUGAGUUCUUGAAUAGAGUCCGAAGUGGAGAGUUGAAGCUUCAGUCACAAGGAUUGUGGGAAGUUCCUCACCCAUGGCUUAAUUUAUUUAUACCAAAAUCUCAAAUAUUGGAUUUUAAUUCAGGUGUAUUCAAGGAUAUAAUUUUUAAAAGAAACAUCACCAGUGGAACUGUCUUGGUUUACCCUAUGCAUAAAAGCAAGUGGGACGAUAAGAUGUCAGCAAUGAUACCAAACGAGGAUGUCUUCUACACGGUUGGAUUCUUACACUCAAGUGGAUUUGAUAAUUGGAAAGCAUAUGAAUCUCAAAACAAAGAAAUUUUGAAGUUUUGUACUGAUGCGGGCAUUAAGGUUAAGCAAUAUCUUCCCAACUACAGCAUCCAGGAAGAUUGGAAAAAACAUUUUGGCACUAAAUGGAAGAGUUUCUUGGAAAGCAAACACAAGUUUGAUCCCAGAAUGAUUUUAUCACCUGGACAAAAAAUCUUCAACAAAUAAUUAUAACCAGCGUUUUAGAUUUUUUUUUUUUUUUUUUCUUUCUAUUGAGGAAAAGGGAAUGUUUUGUUUUGGGAUAAAGAGAUGGCAUAGAUAUACACACUAUGACCAAAACCUAUGAUAAAGAGAUGGUGUUUUAAA